AUGCACGACGCGAGCCUCGGCCCCGAGCAGCUCGAGACCGUGCACUGCCCCCAGGCGCUCGUGGGCCGCCUCAUCGGCAAGCAGGGCGACACGAUCAAGGACCUGCAGCGGCGGUCCGGCGCGCGCAUCCAGAUCGACCAGAACUUCCCCGAGGGCACGCCGCGCGUCGUCACCGUCGAGGGGAGCGCGCAGUGCGUCGCGCUCGGCGUCCAGCUCGUGCGGUCCCUCAUCGGCAACUCGCCGGCCGUGGGCAACGGCAACCCGGGCAAGAUGACGACCUUCGAGUGCCCCAAGGCCCUCGUGGGCCGCGUCAUCGGCAAGGGCGGCGAGACGAUCAACGAGCUCCAGCGCCGGUCCGGCGCGCGCAUCCAGAUCGAGCAG